AUGAAGGUGGAACAAAUUUUUGAGUGUUACCACAUAGAUGAUAGAAGGAGAGUGACCCUAGCCACCUUGACUUUUCAAGGUGCAGCCCUUUAUUGGUGGACCUNUAUCAUUNGAGAUCAAAAGANUAAUGGUGACUAUACUAUCCAAUAUUGGAAUGAAUUAAAGGCAGCCUUACAUAGAAGGCAUGUUCCAGCCUAUUAUGCCAGGGAAGUCAUGGACAAGNUCCAUCGACUCCAACAAAGAAACAUGAGUGUUGAGGAAUAUAGANAAAAGUUAGAAUUACUUAUGUUGAGAGCUGGAAUUAAAGAAGAAGAGAGAUUUACCAUAGCUAGGUUCCAAAGUGGUCUUAACUAUGAUAUUCGGGAUAAGGUAGAGCUAUUACCUUACUUGGACCUUAAUGAUUUUGUCCAACUAUAUUCCACCUAUAUCCUUGAGCAUGAAAGUAAUAGUGAGGUGUCAUCCUCUAGUGCGUCUGAGUUAUCCUCAUCUGAAGAGGAACAUGAAGCUCCACCUUGUGAUGGGGAUCUUCUAAUGGUUAGGAGACUUCUUGAGGCAAAGCAUGUUGAGUUAGAACAAACUCAGCGAGAAAACCUAUUCCACACCCGCUGCAAAGUUCUGGAUAAAACUUGUUCUAUGAUUGUGGAUAGUGGUUCUUGUUGUAAUUGUUGUAGCUCUAGAAUGGUUGAAAAGCUAGGCUUGACUCCUACUCCUCAUCCUAACCCUUACAAACUUCAAUGGAUAAAAGAGGAUGAAGGAAUAGUUGUUAAGGAACAAGUAAGUGUUCCCAUUUCCAUAGGCAAGUAUGAAGAUCAAAUCAUUUGUGAUAUUGUUCCAAUGGAAGGGGGUCAGAUCUUACUUGGUCGGCCUUGGCAAUUUGACAAACAAGCUUUGCAUGAUGGAGUCACCAACAAGAUAACCAUUCAACAUAAAGGCAAAAAGAUUAUUUUGAGUCCUCUUACACCAUUACAAGUGCGAGAGGAUAAAAUAAUACUUAAGAAGAAGUUGGAUGGUGAGAAAAAGCUCCACAACAACAAAGUUUCCAAAGAGAAGAAGUUGAGUUUGGUGGAAAGUGCCUUAACCAAUGAAGUUGUUCCAACAAAAACUUCGAAAAAUAUUUUACUUGGACAACCUCACUUUCUUCUCUAUUGCAAGGAGGCACUUCCUUCCAUAAAUCAUCAAUUUGAUUCUCAUCCAAAGGGGUUGCAAAAUCUUUUAAAAGAAUUUGAUGAUUUAUUUCCUAAAGAGGUUCUAAGUGGUUUACCACCUCUUCGGGGAAUUGAACAUCAAAUUGAUUUGAUUCCUGGAGUCAGCCUUCCCAAUAGGCCAGCUUAUAGGACUAACCCCACCGAAACCAAAGAGAUAGAGAAGCAGGUUAAUGAUUUAUUGGAAAAAGGGUGGAUACAGAAAAGCCUUAACCCUUGUGUGGUGCCAGUGUUGUUAGUCCCUAAGAAAGAUGGUUAUUGGCGAAUGUUUACAGAUUGUAGGGCUUGGCGAAUGUUUACAGAUUGUAGGGCUAUUAACAACAUUACAGUCAAGUGUAGGCACCCUAUUCCUAGAUUGGAUGAUAU